GGAGUGUGUUCUCCGUUUCAGGGAAGUCCUGGAAGGCACUGAGCCUCUCGCAGAAACGUCCCUACGUGGAGGAGGCCGAGCGGCUGCGGGUGAAGCACAUGCAAGAUUAUCCCAACUACAAAUACCGGCCCCGGCGGAAGAAGCAGGUCAAGCGGAUCGGGAAGCGGGUGGACCCCGGGUUUUUGCUGGGCAGCCUGACAAGGGACCAGAACGUGGUGCCGGAGAAGAGGACCGCCAGCCGGUCUGGGGGGGAGAAAGAGGGGCCGGGUGAGUACCCCCCUCGCCUGGGGCUGCCAGCAGUCCGGGGGUACCGGGAGGCUCCAGGCAGCAGCAACAGCACCAGCGUGGACACCUACCCCUACGGGCUGCCCACGCCCCCGGAGAUGUCUCCACUGGACGCCAUAGACCCUGAGCAGAGCUUCUUCUCCUCACCCUGCCCCGACGAGCAUCACCGCUCCCACCUCGCCGGUGCCACCUAUUCCCCGGAGUAUGCAGGCAACUCCCUGCCAUGCAACCACCACCCUCUCAGCCCCAUGCCGCAGCCGGCCACCUGCAUGAUCCCCCCGGCCUCCAGCUGCCCUCCCCUUCCUCCUCCUCCUCCUCCCAGCUACUACACCCCUGCCUUCCCCUCCCUGCCCCAUCCCAGCCUCCAUGCCCACCUGGGCCAGCUCUCCCCACCGCCUGACCACCACAGCUUUGACACCUUGGACCAGCUGAGCCAAGCUGAGCUCCUGGGGGAGAUGGACCGCAAUGAGUUUGACCAGUAUCUCAACAACCCUGGCCAUGGUGACCACCAUGGUGGGGUCUUGGUCAAUGGACAUGUCCCGGCAUCUGGCAGCUCCCACGCCUCUGAGAACAGCCUCAUCUCUGUCCUGGCUGAUGCCACAGCCACCUACUACAAUAACUACAGUGUCUCCUAG